AUGUCUGAACCACGCCAGAUUGAAGACCUUCCACCGCUUAUUAUUGGUGGAGCGGUUUUUAACACUCAAUACUCGGAAGAUCCAACUAAACUUCCUAUCCAGGAAAUCAUCCUGACGGCAUUCUCGAAAGGUAUGAAUGCCUUGGAUACAUCGCCUUAUUAUGGACAAUCAGAAGAGCUUAUUGGCGAUGCGCUUGAGAAAAUUGCCGAUGAAUGGCCAAGAGAAUCUUAUUUUAUCUGUACUAAGGCUGGUCGUAUCAAGUUGGACGACUUUGACUACUCCAGAAGUUGGGUGAGAAAGUCGGUGCUUAGAUCAUUGGAAAGGCUCCACACCUCCUAUUUAGAUUUGGUGUACAUGCACGAUAUCGAGUUUGUUGAAGAUGAAGAGAUCUUUGAGGCAUUGAAGGAGCUUGUUGCGUUGAAGAAGGAAGGUGUGAUCAGAAACUUUGGUAUCUCGGCAUAUCCAGUGGAAAUUCUCUUGAAAAUAGCCCAGGAGUGCAACACGACUUACAAGUCCGAAAUCGGUCCUUUAGACGCAAUUUUGUCGUACUCCAACGGAUGUAUCCAGAACACCAAGUUGCUUAGCUUGUAUGACAAGUUUUUUGACACCGGGAUUAAAAAGCUUUUGAAUGGGUCUAUUUUGUCCAUGUCAAUGCUCCGUUCGGGCAAGACGCAUGACUUCCAUCCGGCUCCAAAAGAGCUCAAGGAAAAAGUGGACGAGAUUGCAAAGGGCUUACAGAAAGAAGACAAUGUAGAAUUGGCCGAUUUGGCUACAAGAUUUGCGUUGAAAAGAUGGCUUUUCCAAACCGGAGAAGGCAAAAACCCGCAAAAUACAGUUACUUACCCAUUGGAAAGGAAUAAGAAGCUCUCGGUGGUGUUGGGUGUUUCUUCCUUGGACGAAUUGGAUGUGGCUCUCGAAAGUUACAACACAGUGAAGAAUGAACAGGGAGCAAAAGAUGAAGAAUUAUUCACCAAAGUGGAGAAGCAACUUGGGCCUGAACACUACAAUGAGACAUGGUCUAGCGGCCGCUAUUAA